CGACGUAGACGAGGGCGAACCUAUAAAAUGAGGUUGACGCACGAAUCCCGCUCAUUAUUAAACAAAAUUUUGAAGAGAAAGAAACUCUGAAGUAGGGUGUGUUUUUAGUGCGCAAGCCACAUUUGGUGGAUAAAGAAAAAAGCGAAGAAGAACAAUUGAAUUGAAUCAAUUGCGAGAAAGAGACAAAACUCAUAAAUAUUUAAAGAACAUUGCCCCGUGAAAAUAUAAAUAGUGUGAAUACACAGUGAACAAUACCAACAAUUGCACUUUGCCAUUGCAUUUUGCACUUUUCCACUUGGAUUUUUGAACUUUUACGGAUUCCCAGACAAUCGCUUACAUUUAAGGUAAGCUUCGUUGGACAUAUUGCCACAUGUGGGCGCAUCGAUUUGAUCUGCUGAAAGAAGCACAUCGGGAGCGGAGCUCUCGUUGAUGGUGACUACAUACGUCACUCGCGUGACAACACGGCAGUUGCACAACUGUGCUGUUCUGUGCUUCUAGCACUUUCCAUCGCCCCAACCCAGCAAGCUGGCAAUCAGUAUUCAUUCUAAUCUAUAGCGUUCGUUCGUUUGUGUUUCCCCUAUAUUUUCAGCUGAGAGAUGGGCAAAGACUUCUACAAGAUUCUGGGCCUCGAGCGCAAGGCCAGCGACGAUGAGAUCAAGAAGGCCUACCGCAAACUGGCACUCAAAUACCAUCCCGACAAGAACAAGAGCCCACAGGCGGAGGAGCGCUUCAAGGAGAUCGCCGAGGCGUACGAGGUGCUGUCGGACAAAAAGAAGCGCGACAUCUUCGACAAUUACGGUGAGGAUGGAUUGAAGGGCGGACAGCCGGGACCAGAUGGCGGCGGUCAGCCGGGAGCGUACACUUACCAGUUCCACGGCGAUCCGAGGGCCACAUUUGCCCAGUUCUUUGGAUCGUCGGAUCCGUUUGGCGCGUUCUUUACCGGCGGCGAUAACAUGUUUAGUGGCGGUCAGGGCGGCAAUACCAACGAGAUCUUCUGGAACAUUGGCGGCGACGAUAUGUUUGCCUUUAAUGCCCAGGCACCCAGUCGCAAGCGCCAGCAGGAUCCGCCCAUCGAGCAUGAUCUGUUCGUGUCGCUGGAGGAAGUGGACAAGGGAUGCAUCAAGAAGAUGAAAAUCUCACGCAUGGCCACCGGAAGCAAUGGGCCGUACAAGGAGGAGAAGGUGCUGAGGAUCACAGUGAAGCCGGGCUGGAAGGCCGGUACCAAGAUUACCUUCCCCCAAGAGGGUGAUUCGGCGCCAAACAAGACGCCAGCUGACAUCGUCUUCAUCAUUCGCGACAAACCGCAUUCGCUGUUCAAACGCGAGGGAAUCGAUCUAAAGUAUACAGCCCAGAUCAGUCUGAAGCAGGCCUUGUGCGGAGCACUGGUUAGUGUGCCCACGCUGCAGGGCAGCAGGAUACAGGUGAAUCCGAACCACGAGAUCAUCAAGCCCACCACAACGCGCCGGAUCAACGGACUGGGUCUGCCGGUGCCCAAGGAGCCAUCGAGGCGCGGCGAUCUGAUCGUCUCCUUCGACAUUAAGUUUCCCGACACACUGGCACCCAGUCUGCAGAAUCAGCUGUCCGAGCUGCUGCCCAACUAGGCUAGAGCUGUGCCAGCCACACACACACACACACACACGCAUAUAAUUGUUAUCACUUUAGUUAAGGCCUAUAUUUAAUUUACCGUACGUACUCGUAAGACAACUUAGCCUAACCAAUUGUAGCCCUAAGCUAGUGAGUGUGCCAAGCGAAGAGCUGUAGAUAUUGGCCGAGGAUGCAAGCGCUGGAUAGGAUUAGGAAAGAGAACAACACACACACACACACACACAUAAAGCAGCCCGUGUAGCCCGUUUCGUGUUGGAGACUGAUCGAUUAUUAGCUAUUUAGCAUUACACAAAUUCCAUAAGUUGUUUUGUUUACCGCCACAUGAAUCGGUGCCUCAACAUCUUAUACAUAAUAAUCCCAAAACAAAAUAUUAAAUAAAUGAGGUAUUAUAAAUUUAAAGUAACUAACCAUUUUUCAAGCAAAGCACAUUUUCGGCAUUCCAACACGGGGAGGUUACAUCAGUUAGUAGAACACUUAUAGAUUUAUACGCCGUAAGGACAUAGUACGUUUUAGUACCAAUUCUAUUAUGUUAUAAACAAUAAAAUUACUUAUACAC